AUGGAAGUGUUUCGUGCGGAAACAGGAAAACGUCUUAAAGUCUCUAAAAAGUUUGAGAGUUUGAGUUUCCUUAAAGCAGAGCUCGAACAACUAUCCGGUGUUCCAAUAUCUUCACAGAUCUUAAUAACGGGUGCUGGAAUCCAACUUAGAGAUGAUAUAGACGUCAAGAACGAACGCAUAUUUCUUUUCAACAGAGAACUUUUAGAUUCUAAUAUUACAAUGAAUAUAGAAUCUCUUAAUGAAAAACUUCUCUUAGAACCUCCCAUCAUUGCAUCGAUCACUACAUUUGCGACUGAAAAAGCUCAAAAAUCAUCUGCAUUAAACAUUUUGAAUAUUUCCGAUGAAUGUGGUACUUAUGCCAAUUUAUUUCAAAAGAAUCAUUCCCAAGGACAGAUGUUCAUAUCCAAAUCCUUUUUAUCUUCGAAGUCAUUCAUUAAAGCAGCCGCCAUUCAUACUGAACUUUGUGAACGUCUCUAUCAAGAACAAAGGGUACAACUAAUAGCUUUAGACGUUGCCCUUUCGAACCUUGAUUCCCAUUGCCGCUCAAUUGUCGAAGUCCACGAGGUAUUUAACGCGAUUUCCGAAAAAGAAAUUAGCAAGCAGAAUAUGUUGGUUAAAAGUCUGCCGAUAGAUAUAGAAAUUAUUCGUAAUAUUUCCGUUCAUCCAGAACUUUUAAAAUCCGCUGGCAUUACUGUGAAUAGCCAAAAAUCAUAUUCUUUGGCUGACUUUGUAUCCCUAGAUGAGUUUACAACUCUAGCUGAAAAAGGACGAGAUGCAUAUGGUCAACUUUCUCGAAGUGUGCAAGAAUUGGAAAAUACAGUUCAAUAUGUAAAAUUGGGUACGGAAACGGUGAAAAAAAAGAAGUAUAACAACAAUUUUUCUAAAAUGGAGAGCUCUUUGAUCCAAAUUCGAGAAAGGUUCGCCAAACUAAGAAAACAUGCUGAGACAAUAGAGCGAGAUCUCUCACGCGUUCAAAGCAAAAUUUCCGAAAUUCUUAAAUCGAAUGCUAGAUCUUUAUCAUCACAAUCAAUAAAUACUUUCGAGGCUCUUGCUGAAUAUCAUGCCAAGGAAUAUCUACCUGAUAUGCAAGGAAUAGAUGAAUGGUUACGUGAACAAGUGGCAUUUUUUGUAAAAUGCAAG